AGGCUCCAGUAUAUAAGGCAAAUUCUCCAUUUGAGCAUGAGCCUCUGAAAACUGCCGGCAUCUAAGGAAUCCUCCCAGGCGGUGGAGUCCAGCCCAUAAUGAAGGUCUUGGUGGCAGGAGUUGUGCCUUUGCUGCUGGUUCUGCACUGGAAACACGGGGCUGGGAGCCCCCUCCCCAUCACCCCCAUUAACGCCACCUGUGCCACACGCCACCCAUGUCACAACAACCUCAUGAGCCAGAUCAGGAACCAACUGGCACAGCUCAAUGGCAGUGCCAACGCCCUCUACAUUCUCUAUUACACGGCCCAGGGGGAGCCAUUCCCCAACAACCUGGACAAGCUGUGUGGCCCCAACGUGACGGACUUCCCGCCCUUCCACGCCAACGGCACAGAGAAGGACCGGCUGGUGGAACUGUACCGCAUCAUCGCGUACCUUGGCGCCUCCCUGGGCAACAUCACGCGGGACCAGAAGGUCCUCAACCCCAGUGCCCUGGGCCUCCACAGCAAACUCAACGCCACGGCAGACAUCAUGCGGGGCCUGCUCAGCAACGUGCUCUGCCGCCUGUGCAGCAAGUACCACGUGGCCCACGUGGACGUGGCCUAUGGCCCGGACACAGCAGGCAAGGACGUCUUUCAGAAGAAGAAGCUCGGCUGUCAGCUCCUGGGGAAGUACAAACAGGUCAUCGCCGUGGUGGCCCAGGCCUUCUAGACAGGAGGUCUCGCAGCGUGCAGUGACCCAAGAGAUCACACGGGAGCUUCUGGAAUCCCAAGUGGGGGCUGCUGAGGUCUCCCCAGCCUGCCCACCCCUCCGGGGUGGGUGUGAUGACGUUGAACACAGUUGGUACUUCCAUAGGCAGGGCCUAUACGAUGCCAACUAGAAGGAGGCACCCCUUCUUCU